AUGAACAGCCUCUGUGAGACUCACUGGAAGGCUGUAAAGAGGAUCCUACGUUAUCUUUCAGGCACUCUCUAUUUUGGACUGAUUUUUCGAGCUUCAGGUGAUUUCUCUCUUGUUUGUUACGCUAAUGCAGAUUGGGCUGCUUCUGUUGAUGACCGAAGGUCCACAAAUGGAUAUUGUGUUUAUUUGGGUGGGAAUCUGAUUAAAUGGUGCUCUAAGAAACAGUCUGUGGUUUCUAAAUCCACCUCGGAAGCUGAGUACAGGAGUCUUGCCAACCCUGUUGCUGAAUUGAUCUGGGUAGAGGAGCUUUUAGGUGAAAUUGGUGUUGAUUUGCAUGGAAAACCUGUUUGGAAGCUUUUUGUUAAUUUUCUGCCGUCAACUGAGCAAGUUACUGAUUUGCUCAGUAAACCUAUACCUCCUGCUGUUUUUCCUCUUAUGCGUGACAGACUUGGAGUGGUAAAUCUUGAUAGAUGUUUUACAGGAGCAAAGAAGGAAAACCAGGAGAAUGAUAGAAUAUACACUUAA